CAAGCUCCAGUCACUCACAGUCACACGCGGGCUAUGGAGGAGGCUGCAGCAAGGGAGCGGAAGAGGCCCCGCGAGGGCGACGCGGCUCCGUCCGCCGCGGCGGGGGCGGGGGCGUGGAAGGCGCAGUACGUGUACCUGCCUAUCGCCGACGCCCUCAAGGUCCUCGGCGCCCGGGUCUUCCUCUUCGCCGCCGUCUCCGAGAUCGGCGCCGCUGUCCGCAGCCGUGGCACGGAUUUCACUCUUACAUUGAGGAUUGCAGAUCAAUCACGUCCAGCUGGUAUCUCUGUAACAUUUUUUGCUGACAAUGUCGCCUUAUUGCCCUGUGUUAAGUCAAGCGGAGAUGUGAUCAGUCUUCAUAAUGUCAUGAUAACAAUGCAUGGAGAAUUUUUUGUUUCAUUUAACAAAAAAUUUUCUUCAUUCGCCCUAUUUGAAGGCAAAGUAUCUACAGAGUGCAGCCCAUAUCAGACUUCUACGAAAUACCAUGGGACCCAACAUGAUAAUGAACUUUUGACCCAGAUGAGAACAUGGCUUGUGUAUAAUCCUCCAGGUCUGAAAGAUCUUGAAUUGCAGUUAAGGAGUUUAAAGUCCGAUACUACUUUUAAUUUAGUAUGCAAGGUUCUUCAUGUCUAUGAAAAUAAUGGCGAAUGGAUAUUUUAUGUUUGGGAUGGAACUGAUACCCCUGCAGCUGAGUUUCAGGCAAUUUUGGAUGCUGAGGCGGUUGAGUCAUCCCCUUUACAUCUGGAAGGAGUGCCUCUACCAAGGGAGGUUUUAUGCACAAUGCCAUGUGUCGGAACUGUUCUGAGGAUUUUCACGAACAGAUAUAUCAAGGAAGUAUUUCACUUGCAAAAGAAUAUUUACUGGGCCAGGUUCUGCAAUAUAACUUGCAAGCAAGAGUUUGGGAUUUGGAAAGGCAUUUUAGGGCCCUCUAGCAGAGUUCGCCUUUUAUCUCAUGAAGAUGGCAGUGUUGUAGAUCGCCUGAAGAUGUAUGACAACCGCCUCACCAACCAAGUUCAUCGGCAGCCGAUGGCAAGCCUCCCUGAGGCCUCUAACAUUGCUGAUGUAGAAUAUGAGGCAGCAGGUUACACAACGUUAAUGGAGUCUUUAACUCAUGAACAGGUGACGCACAAAUUCAAAACCCUGGUCCGUGUUGUGGCAGCAUAUCCAUGUCGAGCUAGUGAACUCCGUAUGCUUUUGACUGGUAGCUAUUGUUUUCGGUUGACUCUUGAGGAUCCUACAGCGAGAAUUCAUGCAUACGUCCACAAGGAUGAUGGGGCCAAAUUCUUGGGUGGUUUUCUAACAGCAGAAGCGUUGAUAAAGAAGAUGAACAAGCUACUGGGCAUCCCAGAAGAGGAUGAGGAAGGCGCUCCCUUGACCAGGAACCCACCUUGGAUAUGGUGUUGCGUGAAAUCUUACCGUCUGGACAAAAACAACCCCUGGGGCAGUAGAAGAUAUCGAAUCUUUGGCACAGAGAUCAGGGAUUGAGCAGGGAUGCUGCUUUAGUAUGCCGGGAAAACCCUUGCAAAUGAAUCCCAUGCAUAUCGUGUAGUAUUUGUACGCGCUUAGCAAUCUUUUUAGUUUGCCAAUUACUGUUAUGCCUAGAACAAAGAAAUAAUUAGCAUGUUGUUGCAGUACCGUCGCUGUCUUCAUGUAAUGUAAUGGUGUAACAUCCCAGUUUUCAUCACGAUUAAGGGGGAGUGUUGAAAUAUAUAAUGCAAACUUCUAGAA